ACACAAAUCCAAAGGCAGGGUUCUCAAAAUUUCACUAUACAUACCCUUCUUACCUUCCUAACUCUGCCUUUUGACUCUCUUCACAUUUAUCUGUUAAAACUCCACUAGUCCUAUCUUUCUCUUCACAAAAAAAUGGAACCCCAAGAACUGAAACUCUAGAGACUCAAUCAAGAAACCUCCAUUAUAGCUAAAAAAAGCUCAAAUCUUUAAAGAUGAAAGCUCACAAAACUGUUUUCUACCACCACCCUUUUAGCUUAAACAAACUUUUCUUGCUCAGUUUUUAUCUACAACAACUCUUUGUUCUUCUCCUUAUCAUCUUCUUUCUUCCACCAUCUUCACCAGCUUCCAUUAAUGGCCUUUUUAAAGACUCCCAACAGCUUCUUUCCUUUAAAUCUUCACUUCCCAUACAAACUUCACUUCAAAACUGGUUGUCAUCAACUGACCCUUGUAAGUUCACUGGUGUUUCAUGCAAGAAUUCUAGAGUCUCCUCUAUAGAUCUUACCAACACUUUCUUAAGUGUGGACUUCAAUUUGGUUUCUUCUUAUUUGCUUGGAAUUUCUAAUUUGGAGUCUUUAGUGUUAAAGAAUGCUAGUCUUAGUGGUUCUUUAACUUCUGUUGCUAAAUCCCAAUGUGGGGUUUCUUUGAACUUCAUAGAUCUAGCUGAAAACACAAUUUCAGGUCCUGUUAAUGAUAUUGCUAGCUUUGGGGUUUGUUCAAACCUUAAAAGUCUUAAUCUUUCCAAGAAUUUAAUGGACCCUCCUGGAAAAGAAGUUAAAGGUGAAACCUUUAGCUUGCAACUGCAAGUUCUUGAUCUUUCUUUCAAUAAUAUAUCAGGCCAAAGUUUGUUUCUUUGGCUUUCAUCAAUGGGGUUUGGAGAGCUUGAGUAUUUUUCUGUUAAGGGUAACAAACUAGCUGGGAGUAUACCUGAAUUGGAUUUCAAGAAUUUGUCAUAUUUGGAUCUUUCUGCUAAUAAUUUCUCAACUGGUUUCCCUUCAUUCAAAGAUUGCUCCAAUUUGGAACACUUGGAUUUGUCAUCCAACAAGUUUUAUGGUGAUUUUGUUGCUUCACUUUCUUCAUGUGGGAAGCUCAGGUUUCUCAAUCUCACCAAUAACAAGUUUGCUGGUUUGGUCCCUAAGCUUCCAGGUGAAAGCCUGCAGUUUUUGUACUUAAGUGAGAAUGAUUUUCAGGGUGUUUUUCCAGACCAACUUGAUGAUUUGUGCCAAACUGUGGUGGAAUUGGAUUUGUCUUACAAUAAUUUCUCAGGUAUGGUUCCUGAGAGCCUUGGUGGAUGUUCUAGUUUGGAACUUCUUGAUAUUUCAAACAACAAUUUAUCUGGUAAGUUGCCUGUUGAUACCCUCUUGAAGUUGGGUAAUUUGAAGACUAUGGUCUUAUCAUUCAACAAAUUUGUUGGUGUUUUGCCUGAUUCUUUUUCCAACUUGCUGAAAUUGGAGACUCUGGAUGUGAGUUCUAAUAAUCUCAAAGGGCUUAUUCCUACUGGGAUUUGCAAAGAUCCUAUGAAUAGCUUGAAAGUGUUGUACCUUCAGAAUAAUUUGUUUAAAGGCCCUAUACCUGACAGUCUAAGCAACUGUACACAACUGGUGUCACUUGAUCUCAGCUUUAAUUAUUUGACUGGAAAAAUACCAUCUAGUUUAGGGUCAUUGUCAAAGUUAAAAGAUCUCAUCCUUUGGUUGAAUCAGCUUUCAGGAGAAAUCCCACAAGAGCUUAUGUACUUGCAGGCUUUGGAGAAUUUGAUUCUUGAUUUUAAUGACUUAAGUGGAUCAAUCCCUGCAAGUCUUAGCAACUGUACAAAGUUGAACUGGAUUUCAUUGUCGAAUAACCAGUUGACUGGCGAAAUACCGGCUUCUUUGGGUGGUUUGUCCAAUCUAGCCAUUCUAAAGCUUGGUAACAACUCAAUCUCAGGGAAUAUCCCUGCUGAGUUGGGUAAUUGCCAGAGUUUGAUAUGGUUGGAUCUCAAUACUAAUUUCCUGAAUGGCUCCAUUCCGGGGCCUUUGUUCAAGCAAUCUGGAAAUAUCGCAGUGGCAUUGCUUACCGGAAAGCGUUACGUGUAUAUCAAGAAUGAUGGGAGUAAGGAGUGUCAUGGAGCAGGGAAUUUGCUGGAGUUUGGAGGGAUUAGACAGGAACAGCUGGAUAGAAUCUCAACAAGGCAUCCUUGCAAUUUCACAAGAGUUUAUAGAGGUAUCACUCAGCCAACAUUUAACCACAAUGGCUCGAUGAUUUUUCUUGACCUGUCUUAUAACAAGUUGGAAGGUAGUAUCCCAAAGGAAUUGGGGUCCAUGUAUUAUCUUUCGAUAUUGAAUUUGGGGCAUAAUGAUCUCUCUGGCGGUAUUCCUCAAGAACUUGGAGGGUUGAAGAAUGUAGCUAUUCUUGAUAUUUCCUAUAAUAGGCUCAAUGGCACGAUUCCGAAUUCGCUCACGAGCCUCACAUUGCUUGGAGAGAUUGACCUGUCAAAUAAUAAUCUCACUGGAAUGAUUCCUGAAUCUGCACCAUUUGAUACAUUUCCGGAUUAUAGGUUUGCGAAUACUUCCCUCUGUGGGUAUCCUCUCCAACCUUGUAACCCGGGGCCUAAAGCAGAUGCAAAUCAGCAUCAGAAAUCUCACCGGAAACAAGCGUCCUUGGCGGGGAGCGUGGCAAUGGGUUUGUUAUUCUCCCUUUUCUGCAUAUUUGGUUUGAUUAUUGUUGCCAUAGAGACAAAGAAGAGGAGGAAGAAGAAGGAGGAUGCUCUCGAAGCGUAUAUGGACGGUCAUAAUUCACAUUCCGCAACUGCAAACAGUGCAUGGAAGUUUACGAGUGCUCGUGAGGCAUUGAGCAUCAACCUCGCAGCAUUUGAGAAGCCUCUAAGGAAGCUCACAUUUGCUGAUCUUCUCGAAGCCACCAAUGGUUUUCACAAUGACAGUCUUGUAGGGUCCGGUGGUUUUGGUGAUGUGUACAAAGCUCAGUUGAAGGAUGGCAGUCUUGUAGCCAUUAAGAAGUUGAUACACGUCAGCGGACAGGGUGAUCGAGAAUUCACUGCUGAAAUGGAAACUAUAGGGAAGAUCAAGCACCGGAAUCUUGUCCCUCUUUUGGGAUACUGCAAAGUAAGGGAAGAAAGGCUACUGGUUUAUGAAUACAUGAAGUAUGGAAGUCUUGAAGAUGUCCUGCACGAUCGGAGGAAUAUCGGGAUCACGCUCAAUUGGCCUGCAAGAAGGAAAAUUGCAAUUGGAGCAGCAAGAGGAUUGGCUUUCCUACACCAUAACUGCAUUCCACACAUUAUUCAUAGGGACAUGAAAUCAAGUAAUGUCUUGCUUGAUGAAAAUUUGGAAGCCAGAGUAUCUGAUUUUGGAAUGGCAAGGUUAAUGAGUGCUGCGGAUACUCAUUUGAGUGUCAGCACUCUUGCAGGUACUCCUGGAUACGUCCCUCCUGAAUAUUACCAGAGCUUUAGAUGUUCGACGAAGGGAGACGUUUAUAGUUACGGUGUUGUUUUACUUGAGCUUUUAACCGGCAAACAGCCAACAGAUUCAGCUGAUUUUGGUGACAAUAAUCUUGUCGGAUGGGUAAAGCUGCAUGCUAAAGGGAAGAUAACUGAUGUGUUUGAUAAAGAACUAUUGAAAGAAGAUCCAAGCAUUGAUCUUGAACUUCUGCAAUACUUAAAGGUUGCUAGUCAAUGUUUAGAUGAUCGACAUUGGAAGCGUCCCACGAUGAUUCAAGUUAUGGCAAUGUUCAAGGAGAUUCAAGCGGGGUCAGGCAUGGAUUCAACGUCCACGAUCGCAGCUGAUGAUGUCAAUUUUAGUGCAGUUGAAGGAGGGAUAGAAAUGGGCAUAAAUGAAAGUAUAAAAGAAGGAAAUGAGCUGAGCAAACACCUUUGAAUUAAUGCAAAAUUUUCCCCACCAGAAGAAUUCUUUGGCAAAGAAUGCAACGACAAGAAGAUUGAGGUGCUGAGAGUUUGUUUCAGCUCCCGAAUUUUUCCCCCUCUUCACCAUACCAGUUAAAGGAAAAAAAAAAAAAAAAAAAAAAAAGAUUGCCAGUGUAAUUUUUAGCCAAUUAUUGUAUGUACCACUAGUUCCCUCCAUAAAAUCUUGUGUUAUUAUACAUAAAAAGAAGUUGUUUUUAACUUGUAACAGUGUUGUAUAUAAAUAGUCUAUGAGUUUGUUUUGCUAUA